AUGACUAAGAGCAAUUUGUUUUUAAAUGAUUGGGUACCUUUUACCUUUGUCUACUACUCGCCAGAACAAUCAAUUGAGGAAUUUUAUUAUCCAUUACCAAUUUUCAGUGAUCUUGGUCAAUCUUCUAGCUUUCAGUUUCUAGAUAGCUCUGAACUUUUGAAGAGGAAAAUUAAAGAGCCCAAUAUUCGAGAGAAAAUGGACUUUUCAAAUCCAAAUGUUAGUGAUUUUCAACGCUUACUCCAAUAUAAGCUUCUUAAAAAGUCUAGAAGAACAAAGCCUUCCAAUAGAAGACGUCUCCGAACAAUAAAGCCGUUGAUGUCUUCAGAGUGGGGACACACAUAA